AUGGUUGUCUACUAUCAAGUUGCGGGCCGCAAAGUCGGCUCCCAUGUUCUCGCAAUGGCUACCCUUGGCACAACUUUCCUCGGUGCUUAUCUCGCCAUGCCAUCGAGCCCAAAGAAGGAACAAGGCCCUCCGAUCAAAGCGAGCAGCAAGGAUGAGGAGCAAUUUAUCCAGGACUUCUUGAAGAACGUAGAGGCCGAAGAAAAGAAGACGAAACCGCAGUGA